ACCUGGGUUAGUGUCGAGGAUGACGCUACCUGUCCAACCAUUUGGAAUCCUAGCUUGAGUCAUCCAGGGUCAGCAAGAGCAGGACCAUGUGGCUACUUCAUCAUCAAUGUGUCCUGCGAUACGUUCUGUUCUUAUUCUUGCUCGUCGAGGGUGUGCGAGACACAAUUGGUGGUGGAGGGUUGCACGAGGGUGGCAAGGUGUCGAAGAGGUCGAAACCGGUGGAUCCGGACGAGGAGAGCCACGACAACGAGGACUACUACUACGAGGACGUGGAUGAAAGAAACAAUCCGACGAACGAGGCACCGGUUGUGCCGCCCGGAUUCCUCAGUCCCUCUGUAAGGGAGUAUCUCGAUCUCGGUAAAUCGAUACCUGGUCGGGCAGGAACGGACUACCCGGUGUUAGGGAAGGUACCCUACACGAAUUUCUACUGCGACGAUCAACCGUACCCAGGUUUUUUCGCGGACGUGGAAACGAGAUGCCAAGCGUGGCAUUACUGUGACAUCGACGGUCGACAAGCGACAUUUUUGUGUCCGAAUGGGACGCAAUUCAGCCAAGCAGUAUUCGUCUGCGACUGGUGGUUCAACGUCAGGUGCGAACUCAGCCCCAAAUUAUACGUUAUCAACAGCCGACUAUAUGGCAGGCCCACGGAGAGCCCGACGAGACCGCAUCGCCUCAUCACCAAGGAAUUGCUCGAGAAUAUUUUUGUCAGGCGAAAAUGAACGAGAUUCUAGCGUUUUUCCUUUGAUGAAUAAACCACUCAGGUUUUGAGAUGGUGUUGUUUGAUGGACAACAAAAUUUUGGGAGGAAAUGAGAAGAUUAACUGAAUUAUAGAGGGUGGAUCAGCAAUUAUUAAUAUUUUAAUUAUUCGAAUUUUUAGAAGAAUUUUAAUUUUGUGAAAAAUUAAUAGAGAUAAAA